CAGUUCAUGUGUCCUUAUUGUAAAGUUUUACGGAAACGAUUAAACAAAGUCUAUACCACAGAUUAAAUAAAGGCAGAUAACCUCAUGUACAGUCUGCAACUGGCUUGCUUGUGUUUUACCUCCCUGAUUCUCCCCUCCCAUCCUUUCCCUCUAUUUCUCUCCAUCUCCCUCUCCAUCCCUAGCUCUUUCUCUCUCUCUCAACCUGAAGUUGACUCGCCCUCCUUCUUUCAGGGUGUGGCUCACACAAUUGGGGGUUGUGAUAAAACCGAACCCCAGUGGUAGGUCCAGAGACAGAGAACAUGGUUGAACUGUUCAACCAUAUCCGAGAGACAGAUCAGAGCUCUCCUCAACCGCAACCAAUAUAGAGAGAGAGAGUAUACUAUGGUAUAUAUUAUAUGGCACAAAUAUGGAAGUAUGCUGUUUAUGUCAUAUGUGUGUAUAAUGUGUGUAUAUUAGUUUACAGGCUGUAUAGUUGAUUUUUAUUUUAUUAGUAGUAUUUUAAUUAUCAUUAUUUGUAUUUAUUUCUCUGAUUUUGUUAUUACUGUUGUACUUUGUAACUCCUGCUUUGGCAACACUGUGCAUGUCAUGUGAAUAAAGCACCUUGAAAUUGAAAAAAAUUCAAAUUGAGAGGAAGAGAGAAAGCGAGUGAGUGGGCAUGUGGGUAUGUAUAUGCAUGAUCAUGUAUACCAACAUACAGAAUAUAAUUAUUGUUUAUACUAUUACUUUUGUGUUUGUGAGCUUGUUUAAUACGCUUUGCCAACACAGUUUUAUUUGUCCUCCAAGUAAAGCUUCAACUGAGAGAGAGAAACAGAGAGAGAAAGCGUUGUGCACGACCUUGGAAUGUCAUUGUGAUUCUCGCAGUGUAUAACAUUUACCAAUGUGUUUGUAGCAGAGGCUCAUGGGAAUAAGUCCGGUUUGGCCCAAUUACGCGCUGCCUCACGCGAGCGCGGCGGUGACAGCGUCCGCCGGGAUUCCGCUGACAUCAGCUCCACUUUCUUCUUUUAAUGGCUUUCCAGUCGUUCUCCCAGCCAUUAGAAACCAGCACGCUGCUACAGUGUAGCACAUUGGUCGCGCUUCGGGUCAUAAAAUUUUACGAAACGGUCAAUUUGCGGAGUCCGGCUCGUUGGUACAUGCAGAGGAAAUGAUUUGAGGAUGCUCCGUUCAGGCAAUUCAGCCAUUCAGGCCAUUCAGGCAACAAAUUGGCCAAUCGGUUAGCAGUGAUAUAUAAAGAUGAAGCAGAGUGUUACGACUCCAGUGAAUGCAAUGUACAUGCAUGCAUACAGUGAGCACGAGACGGUAUGUGUGCAUUUCCAGCACCGUCUGAGAUAACGGCUAUGCUAUCCGCUGAAUGCAGGACCAAAUUACAAGGGCUUUUGGGAAAAUAGAAGCAGCAUUGCUUUGGGAUAUAUCCUGUUUAAUUUCAGCUAAAUAUCUUAGUGCAUAUUGGUUUUGUUGUAACUUCUUUUUAAUGUAGCCUAGAAAAUCUGGCUUGCAGACAGAUUUUUAGGAACUGUUUUUACAGAUGUAUGGAGGAGUAUAUGUGGGUAUAAUGCCAUUUGAAAAUGCUUCUUGUUAAGAUCUCAGGUCAGAAAUACAGCAUUGGCUGUUCCCCCAUUUUAAUUAUCAUGGUUUUGGCUCAUAUAAUCACACUAACAAAAUCAUUUAUUAUUCCAUACGUUUAUAUACAUUUUUUAAUAAGCUGGUUUCUUUAACCUGAUUGAGAAGAAAAUGCUUUUGAAAUUACAAAAUCGGAACGAUCUUUGUUAUCUUCUCUAUGGGAAAACGUGUUGCUUUUGUUGGCGGAUGCAAUAAGACACAGCAGGUAUAUUGGUAGACACAGGAAAGCUCUGUUGGUACUGCUGGUGGAUGUGCAGCAUGUGGGCAUUUUGCUAACAUAUAACUGUUAUAAACAGUGUGAUGCAUUUUGGGACAUCAGGGGAAAGGAGAGGCAGAUGAGAGAAGUUCCUGUGGGAGAAUGACAGAUGUUUUUUGUCUUUUUGAAGAAGCCAAACAAACAGCUUCCCACUGGUUCUGUGGGGUUCCCCUUCUGUACCCCCCUGGGUCUCGGGGGCGUGUACAAGGCAUCUCCAUGGUAACACUUUGCUAUAAUUAGCCUGUGGUGAGCUGCAGGGUGAACCUGUUUAACUCAGUGAGAGAACACAUACUGCACAGAAAAAUGCUACUUUUCUUUCUCCCUUGCUCCAUUCCUCCAUCUCUCUCACCUUCUCUCUGUCUCACUCUCUCUUAUUCUUUUUCUCUCUCCCUAUGCUUUAUUUGCACAAGAGAGCUGUUUGCUAAAGCCACAAAUACACUAGAUAAAUAAAAACAUGUUACUAAAAAUAAACAAGUCAAUACACACUGUGAGAUGAGAAACUAUCCCUCCCUCCACACACAUGCACACACAAACACAGGCACACAUAUGCGCACGCACACACACACACACACACACACACACACACAGAGACAUGCAUGUGCACACACGCACUGACAGACAUAUGCACACACACGCACACACACACACAAACAAACAAGCAAAGAAACUCAAACACCCCUGGUCUGUCUCUCUCAGUUCUCUCUUCACCUGUGCUUGAAUCACCCCAGUGAAGAUGUUAAGCAGACCUGCUGGGAACAGAAAUGAUGGUAAUCACAGCAGACUUCACUGUGGAGUGUAAGCACAAUAGAAUAGAACAGAACACAAUAGAAUAGAAUAGAAUGACUGUCAUGCACAUGCUACCUUGCUUCACAAGAGCGGCUGGCAACACAGCAGUAGAUCACACUGUGUAGCGGUGACCUGGUUAAGAAUUGUGUGUCUGUGUGUGUGUAUGUUCAUAUGCACAAGUGCAUGCGUGUGUGUGUUUGUGUGUGUGUGCACAAGUGCCUGUGUGUGUGUGUAUGUGUGUGUGCAUUUGUGUGAGUUUGAGAGUCUUUGUUUUCAUGAGAUGGAUUACCAUGAUAAAAGCAGCCCUGUCCUUGGUUGAGUCAUUCACUCUGUCCCUGACCAUGAGCAUCCUUUCAGGCACCCUCUCUCAAAUUCAGAUUUCAAAUUCAAAUUCUCUCCCUUUCACUGUCUCUCGCCUUUUUCCUUUUCUCUCACUUUCUUUAUCUUUCUCUCCUUAGCUCCCUCCUCCUUUCCUUCUCUCUCUACCCUGUCUCUCUGUCCCUUGGGGUUGGGGUUAAAGGUGGAUGUUUUCACUAAAGGUUGUGGAAGGAGUAGGUCUGUCAAUGACAGAUCUGUUCCUCGGUAACCUGAGAUCCUGGUUUAACUGCUAAGUGGGACAGUGUGUGUCUAUACAAGACGAGAGGCCAGGAUCUUUACGCACAUUUACACUGAAAGUUCACGUAUUGAACAGGCUGAAUGGCCUGUUCUCCUCAUUAUGUAUUUUUAUGCUGUAUAUUCUAGAUAGACUGAUUAACCUGUUCUCCUCAUUAUGUGUUCUUAUGUUCUAAUGUUCUAGAUGGGAUGAAUGGCCUGUUCCCUUCAAUGUGUAUUAUUAUGUUCGUUCUGUCACCUAGUAACCAGUGAAAAAGGGUUCUCUUUGUUAGACAUGCUUGGUUGGAGGGCGGAGCCUCCGGUAAGUGGGAGGUCCUGUGGCCACAUCCUAUUAGAGCGGAGUUUCCUUUUCUGCGAGGCGGAGCUAAGUUAGUCACUCGGAGCUCUGGAGGGGCGGUGCGUGAGCCGGUGAAUCAGGAGUUUGGGGUCACUGCUGAGGUUUUGGGGAGGGGUGGAGUCUGUGCCCUUAGGGGUUAGGGGUCCUCUGCCCCCUGUGUGCCCAUGCCUUCCCUCAGAGCAGCUGUGAUUCUGCCAGAUCAAUCACUGCUCUGUAUCUCUCUGUAGGGCUGAUAGUCUGAAGGACUGUUGAGAUAUUUUUUCGCUGGGGUAAAAUUCCAUUAGCCACAGCGUGUUACUGAGCUGGCCUCCUUCUCUCUGGCGAAUAGAGUUUCUGAGUCAUUCAUCUUUUUCUGCUUUCUCCCUCAUUCAUUCCUUCAUUCGCUCCAUUAGUUUUCUGUCUCCCUCUGCAUCACCUGGCUCUCUAAUGUCUUCUCUUUUCCUCCUCUCUGUCACAUCCUCUGUUCUCCUACUUGUAUCGGCACAUACAAACACAGAUACACACUUAUGCGUGCACAUAAACACACACGCACACAUGCACAUACAAACACACACUUAGGCACACAUACACAUACAAACACACACUUAGACACACAUACAAACACAUAGACAUACACACACGCACACUUAUAUAUGCUGACACACUGACACAAACACACACAGACUGCCUCUCAUCAAUUAUCAUUUCUGUACCAAAAUCCACCCCAAGCUCAAGCAGGUCAGUUUAUAUCUUUAUUGAAAUGAUGAUGAAAGGUUUACAGAUUCAAGUCUUCUGCUUAUUUUGCUUAAGAGGUGAGUUGGUGUAAAGCACAAGAGUGCCUGUUGAUGAGAGUGUUGAUUUUCUAAAUGGCAUCAUAGAGAGACACAGCACACUCAGACCCUACCAAUAAAUAUCUUAUUAUUAGCGGCCAGCUAGUGACAAGGUUGUUAUCUACAGUGUCCCUUUAAAUUCCAGUUUGGCACAAACUCUUCUACACAUGGUGUGUGAUGUCAUUAAUGCUGUGAAGGCCAUUGAGUCUAUCGAGCAGGAUCAAAUAAGCAAUCGACGACCCUGCAGCUCGAUGACUGGGAGCUCAUUUAUCUGUUGUCCAGAGUCACAUUACUGCCCUGGUUCCAGAGCAAGGCCUGGGUAAUCAAACGUAGAUCAGUUGAUAAGAGGGCAGAUAGAUGAGCUGAAGGCUCAUCGCUGCUCCAGAACCCUCUUGUGCCAGGCCACCAUUCUUUGGCCUUUGAUGGUGACAGCUUGUUGGGAGUUAGAUAAAAAUACAAAAAGAAAGUCAAAUGAAGGUCAAAAGAAAAAACAGACUCAGCCAUGGCGUAUUGUCAUUGUGUAACUGUGUGUGUCUAUGUGUGCGCGCGCGCGUGCAUAUCUGUGAGUGUGUGGGUGAACGUGUGAGGGACAUGCACACAUACCCAUAGGCACAUACAUACAUACGUAAACACAAGGGUGGUAUGGGUGGUGUAAAAGUAGCCUAAGAGGGGUGUAAUGGUUGUGUAAGAGUAGUGUCAGAGUGGUGUAAGGGUGGUGUUAAAGCAGUGUAAAAGUGUUGAUAAGACCAGUAUAGGGGUUGUGUAAGAGUGGUAUAAGGGCAGUGUAAUAUUGGUGCAAGGGUGGUGUAAGAACAGUGUAAGGGUUGUGUAAGAGCAGUGUAAGGGUGAUGUAAGAGUGACAUAAGGGUGGUAUAAAAGCAAUGUCAGCAGUGUAAAAGUGGUCUUUUGGGCAGUGUAAGACAGUGAGGAAUUCUGUGCGUAGGGCUUCAGUGUGGACACUAACUGACCUUUGAUGUAAAGCACAGAAGCACAGCAGCAAAGAGCAAAGAGCUCACCCAUCACUUGUGUGUGUGUGUGUGUGUGUGUGCACAUGCGCGUGUAUGUUUGUGCGUGUGCAUUUGUACUGGACAUUACAGGACCUCUGGAUCCUCCUUCUGACAGCAAUCAUUGCAGGUUUCCAGCAUAUUAAACCAAACAGCCACAAAUGGACCUGAAACUGAACCUUUAUUAACAUGGGUUUCUUUCAAGACUGUCAACAAAAAAGCGUGUGACUGAAGAUUAAGGGAAGUGAAUAGUCUCAGACUCUUUUGCUGGGUUUUUUUUGGCCAGGAAACACAUGGGAGUGUGACAGUAAUGACUGUGACUGGGUGGUCAGACAGGCGGGGAUUGAACACUGGGGACAGUUAAUGAUGUAAUGUGACCGUUUGGCAGCUGGUAUGUGAGAUAAUGAGGACGUUUGACUAAUGAGGCUCGAUAAGAAAGCCGUUUUCCUCAAAACACACGGUUUGCUCCAGACCCCUGGCUCAGACUCACUCUGUCCACGUGCAGGCAGGCCCAAGGCGUGAACCUGUUACCUGUGCCCUCCACCCCACCGUCCGUACUGCAGUCUUAAUUCAGUAGUGCGUCAUGCGUAGGAGUCCAUUCGUUGCGGAUGUGUGCUGUCCAAAAAGCUCCCGGAACGCACUGCAGGAACUCUACAGCCCCACACAGUCGGAAUAUUCGGGAGCGGCGUUCCUGCACCAGGCCCGGCGGGAUCAGGUUGCAGAGACGUGUCGGACGCACGGCGCCUCCAGCAGGAAGCGUCGGGUACUGACCCCCGCUGACCUCAGGCACCUGGUGGUGGAUGAGGAACACGAGCUGAUCUACUGCUACGUGCCCAAAGUGGCCUGCACCAACUGGAAGCGGGUCAUGAUGGUCAUGACGGGGCGGGGCAAGUACACUAACCCCAUGGAGAUCCCGUCCAAUCAGGCGCACGUCCCCUCCAACCUCAAGACGCUCAACCAGUACAGCAUCCCCGAGAUCAACCACCGGCUCAAGAGCUUCCUCAAGUUCCUGUUCGUGCGCGAGCCCUUCGAGAGGCUGGUCUCGGCCUACCGCAACAAGUUCACCCUCAAGUACAACACCUCCUUCCACAAGCGCUUCGGCACCAAGAUCGUGCGCCGCUACCGCAAGAACGCCACGCUGGAGGCCCUGCAGUCCGGGGCGGACGUCCGCUUCCCCGAGUUCGCCGAGUACCUGGUGGACCCGGCCACCCUGAAGGAGGGCCCCCUGAACGAGCACUGGGAGACGGUGCACUCGCUCUGCCACCCCUGCCACAUCCGCUACGACCUGGUGGGCAAGUACGAGACCCUGGAGGAGGACUCCAACUACGUCCUGCGGCUGGCGGGCGUGGGCGACCGCCUGCGCUUCCCCACCUACGCCAAGUCCACCCGCACCACCGACCAGAUGGCGGCCCAGUUCUUCCAGAACAUCAGCGGACGCCAGCGAGCUCAGCUCUACCAGCUGUACAAGCUGGACUUCCUGAUGUUCAACUACUCUGUGCCCAGCUACCUGAACGUUCAGUGACGCGCCCCGUUCAACAGCAAAAACCAAUCAGCGGGUACUGACUGUGCCAUUCAGGCUGGGGGUUUUCAUUUAGAAACUAGAACUGAACUCAGAUCGAUGGGAAGGCCUGGAUGUGCUGAUUGGCUUUUGGGAAGGUGUGGACUUGCUGAUUGGCUUUUGGGAAGGUGUGGACUUGCUGAUUGGCUUUUGGACGGCGUGGACAUGGUCAUUGGCUGUUGGGAAGGCGUGGAUGUGCUGAUUGGCUGUUGGGAUUGCACUGACAAGCUGAUUGGCUGUUUUCGGAUGGGGGAGAGAUUGAAGGACUCACUGCUUGCUGUGUUGUGGUGAGAGGGGACAGGAGUGGCCGCUGAGUUUUUAUUUUAUGUUUUGGGGGGAUUUAAGGAGUGAGUCCUUCCUGCCUGGAUGCAGGGCGUCUCAGGUGGGACUGUGGGUAGUCUCAGCUUUAGUUUAGAAGGUCGUUUGGGUCGGCCCUGAGGGGUGGUGUGGUUAAUGAAUACCUUCUCUCCAGAAACUUCUAAAGGCCUUAAGGGAAAGUAUGAUAAGCAGACAGGUUAAUAGCGGGAUACGUCUAUGAAAGGCCAUCGGUACAGUAACCUGUCACCAAGCUGACUGAACUGUCAAUCUCCUCUGUGACUCCGCCCUCAGCACAGGUACGCACAAGCCCCCAUCAACUCUUGAGUUGUGGGAUGGACACAGAGGGGCAUGACCUUGGGAGACUCAUCCCGCUGAUGAGACUCCUCCCACAGGUCCAGGGUCACCUUCAGUGUUAAAGGGACAGCGUCUCAGUGUGAAGAAUGAACGACCCAAAGCAUCACCUUGUUGAGUGACCCGGAACUAGUACCCCUGCUUUUCACGAUGGAACGAUGAUGAAAUGUUUUUUUAAUUGUAAAUUAAGAAAUGUUCUUGCUUUUUUUUUGUUUUGUCCGUUUCUUGUUAUUUUAUUAUUAUUAUUCAUGAUGAAACAUUGCUGCGAGCAGCAAAAUAAAUGAUUAUUUAAAUUA